AUGUGCAAGCUCAAGCAUGCCCAUGUGGGGCCAAGCUGUGGCUCCCGGCACACCAGCGAGUGGGGUGGGCGCUCGGGAGGGGGCCUGCACGAGGGAGAGCUGCCCAGCCUCUGGGGAUCUGGGAUCAGCGGGAGGCCCAGGGCCAUGAAGACGCAGAUGGUGGUGCAGCCUUCCGGGAACAGCUGCCAGGCCAAGACCUCUGCCAGGACCGGCCACAGGCACCCCACACUCUCAUGUCGCACCCCAGGACCUCCAGGGGCUGAGGGUGAUGUCCUCCCCACAGCUCACAAGCCCACGUGGUAUUCCAGCCCCGCUGGUGUUGUGGGUUUGGCUCAGAGAGACUGGGGGGGGGGGCUGCCAGCCCAGCAGCUGCUGCCCACCCCGCCCCCCACCUGGGGCUUCCCUCGAGGUCAUUCUGGCCAAGAAGUCGAAGGGGGAGGAGACCCAGCGGCCACAGCCACUCGAAUGCAGAAACUGCUGGGUCCCAGUCCCAAGCUCAGCCCUGUCCCCCGUCCUCCAGCUGAAGGGGUGCGUCCUUCACAGGCGUGCAUCCUGGAGCAGGAGGGUUCAGGGGUUUGGCAGGUGACAUUUGGGGGAGCUGGGCUGCCUGGUGAGGCAGAUGCCAGGCUGGACGCGCACGAGCGCUCUGGACUGCUCUAUGCCCGGGCCGCCGGGGACGCUCAGCCGCCGGGAGGUGCCCGAAGUUGGGGAAACAAAGAGCGAGGCCGCUGGCCUGGGAAGAGCGGGCCGGGCGCCGAGGGCAGGGGGCUGAGGGAGGCCAGCCGGGCCGGGGGCGGAAGGGUUAAGCUGGCCAGCGCCUCAUCACCCCCCUCCCCGACCCUCCCCGGGGCGCGGGGCGCCGGGCGGGCCGGGGCGGGGCCUGGCGUCCGCGGGCGGGGCCGAGCCGGGCCCGGAGGCCGCCGCGCUCCAGACCCGCGGGCCACCUCCGUGCGGAGCCAGUCCCUAGUCCGGAAGAUGGCGAAGCCGCGCGUGCCUCUCUGCGCGGGGGGCGCACCCGCGGGCAGCCCCCAGGGAUCCGCGCCGCUGCUGCUGGCGGGGCUGGCGCUGCUGGGCGCAGCGCGGGCUACCGCUACCGGGGACUUCAGCCUACACCCUCCCUACUUCAACCUGGCGGAGAGUUCCCGCAUCACGGCGUCCGCGACUUGCGGCGAGGAGGCCCCAGCGCGCGGCGCCCCGCGCCCCACCGAGGACCUCUACUGUAAGCUGGUGGGGGGCCCGGUGGCCGGCGGAGACCCCAACCAGACCAUCCAGGGCCAGUACUGCGACAUCUGCACAGCCGCCAACAGUAACAAGGCACACCCCGUGAGCAACGCCAUCGAUGGCACAGAGCGCUGGUGGCAGAGCCCACCGCUGUCCCGUGGCCUGGAAUACAACGAGAUCAACGUCACCCUGGACCUGGGCCAGGUCUUCCAUGUGGCUUAUGUGCUCAUCAAGUUCGCCAACUCCCCUCGGCCGGACCUCUGGGUGCUGGAGCGGUCCACGGACUUCGGCCAGACCUACCACCCAUGGCAGUACUUUGCCUCCUCCAAGAGGGACUGUCUGGAGCGUUUUGGGCCGCAGACACUGGAGCGCAUCACGCGGGAUGACGAUGUCAUCUGCACCACUGAGUACUCACGAAUCGUGCCGCUGGAGAAUGGCGAGAUUGUGGUGUCCCUGGUGAACCGGCGCCCAGGUGCCAUGAACUUCUCAUACUCGCCCCUGCUGCGUGACUUCACCAAGGCUACCAACAUCCGCCUGCGCUUCCUGCGAACCAACACGCUGCUGGGCCACCUCAUGGGCAAGGCGCUGCGGGACCCCACUGUCACCCGGCGGUACUAUUACAGCAUCAAGGACAUCAGUGUCGGUGGCCGCUGCGUCUGCCACGGCCAUGCAGAUGUCUGUGACGCCAAAGACCCCACGGACCCUUACAGGCUACAGUGUGCCUGCCAGCACAAUACGUGUGGGGGUUCCUGUGAUCGCUGCUGCCCAGGCUUUCACCAGCAGCCGUGGCGGCCAGCCACCACCAACAGCGCCAAUGAGUGCCAAUCCUGUAACUGCCAUGGCCACGCCCAUGACUGCUACUAUGACCCCGAAGUUGACCAGCGGAAUGCCAGCCAGAACCUGGACCACAUCUACCAGGGCGGGGGCGUCUGCGUUGACUGCCAGCACCACACCACCGGCAUCAACUGUGAGCGCUGCCUGCCUGGCUUCUACCGCUCCCCAAACGACCCUCUCGAUUCACCCCAUGCCUGCCACCGCUGCAACUGUGAGUCAGACUUCACGGAUGGAACAUGUGAGGACUUGACAGGCCGCUGCUACUGCCGGCCCAACUUCACGGGGGAGCGUUGUGAUGCCUGUGCAGAGGGCUUCGUGGGCUUCCCGCACUGCUACCCUGUGUCCUCGUUCUCCCUCAACGACACUGGGGAGCAGGUGCUGCCAGCUGGACAGAUCGUCAACUGUGACUGCAGUGCCGCCGGGACCCAGGGCAAUGCCUGCCGCAAGGACCCACAGGUGGGGCGCUGUGUGUGUAAACCCAAUUUCCAGGGCACCCACUGUGAGCUCUGCGCCCCUGGAUUCUACGGCCCAGGCUGCCAGCCAUGCCAGUGCUCUAGCCCUGGGGCAGUGGACGGUGACUGUGACCGCGACUCGGGCCACUGCCGGUGCCAGUCGGGCUUCAAGGGGGCCAUGUGCGACCGCUGUGCCCCUGGCUACUUCCACUUCCCUCUCUGCCAGUUGUGUGGCUGCAGCCCCACGGGAACUCUGCCUGAAGGCUGCGAUGAGGCAGGCCACUGCCCAUGCCGGCCUGAGUUCGAUGGCCCCCACUGUGACCGCUGCCACGCUGGCCACUAUGGCUACCCCGACUGCCGUGCCUGUGCCUGUGACCCUCGGGGUGCCCUGGAUGAGCUCUGUGGGGCGGGCGGUGUGUGCCACUGCCGCCCUGGCUAUGCAGGCCCCGCCUGCCAGGCCUGCAGCCCUGGCUUCCACGGCUUCCCCACCUGCAUUGCGUGCCACUGCUCUUCCGACGGCUCCCUACAUGUGGCCUGUGACCCCCGGAGUGGGCAGUGCAGCUGCCGGCCCCGCGUGACAGGGCUGCGCUGUGACAUGUGUGUGCCUGGUGCCUAUGACUUCCCCCACUGCGAAGCUGGCUCCUGCCACCCUGCUGGUCUGGCCCCGGCUAACCCUACCCUGCCUGAGGCACAGGCCCCCUGUGUGUGCCGGGCUCACGUGGAGGGGCCAAGCUGUGAUCGCUGCAAAUCUGGGUUCUGGGGGCUGAGUCCCAGCAACCCUGAGGGCUGCUCCCGCUGCAACUGUGACCCCCGGGGCACGCUGGGAGGUGUUUCGGAAUGUCAGCGGGGCAGUGGCCAGUGCUUCUGCAGGCCCCACGUGUGCGGGCAGACCUGUGCUGCCUGCAGGGACGGCUUCUUCGGACUGGACCAGGCCAACUACUUCGGCUGCCGCGGCUGCCAGUGUGACGUUGGUGGUGCCCUAGGCCAGGGCUGUGAGCCUCGGACAGGCGCCUGUCGCUGCCGCCCCAACACCCGCGGCUCCACCUGCGGCGAGCCGGCGAGGGACCAUUACCUGCCUGACCUGCAUCACUUGCGCUUGGAGCUGGAGGAGGCUACCACGCCCGAGGGCCAUGCUGUGCGCUUCGGCUUCAACCCCCUCGAGUUCGAGAACUUCAGCUGGAGGGGCUACGCACAGAUGGCACCGAUUCAGCCCAGGAUUGUGGCCAGGCUGAACGUGACCUCUCCAGACCUCUUCCGGCUCGUCUUCCGCUACGUUAAUAGGGGCCCCACCAGUGUGGGGGGGCGCAUCUCUGUGCGUGAGGAGAGCACGUUUGACGCCUGCAUCAACUGCACGGAGCAGAGCCAGCAAGUGGCCUUCUUGCCCAGCACAGAGCCUACCUUCAUCAUGGUACCCCAGAGGGGCUUCGGGGAGCCCUUUGUCAUGAACCCUGGCAUCUGGGCCCUGCUCGUGGAGGCUGAAGGGGUGCUGCUGGACCACGUGGUGCUGCUGCCCAGCGCCUACUAUGAGGCGGCCCUCCUGCAGCUGCGGGUCACCGAGGCCUGCAGCCACCACCCCACUGCCCAGCAUGCCACAGACAACUGCCUCCUCUAUGCCCACCUCCCCCUGGAUGGCUUCCCCUCAGCCACCUGGCCUGACGCCCUAUGUCGCCACGACAACAGCCUGCCCCGGCCCUGCCCCAUGGAGCAGCUCAGCCCCUCGCACCCACAGCUGGCCGCCUGCCUGGGCAGUGAUGUGGAUGUCCAGCUUCAGGUGGCCGUGCCUCGGCCAGGCCGCUAUGCACUGGUGGUGGAGUAUGCCAAUGAGGACACCCACCAGGAGGUGGGGGUGGCCGUGCACAGCCCCCAGCGAGCCCCCCAGCAGGGCAAGCUUACCCUGUACCCCUGCUCGUACAGUACCCUGUGCCGUGGCACUGCCAUGGACACCCAGUACCAUCUGGCCAUCUUCCACCUGGACACGGAGGCCAGCAUCCGGCUCACUGCCGAGCAGGCGCGCUUCUUCCUGCAUGGUGUCGCCCUGGUGCCCGAGGAGGAAUUCAGCAUGGAGUUCGUGAAGCCCCAAGUCCGCUGCAUCAGCCGCCACGGCACCUUUGGUCCAAAUAGCGCCGCCUGCCUGCCCUCCCGCUUUCCGAAGCCGCCCCAGCCCAUCGUGCUUCGGGACUGCCAGGUUCUGCAGCUGCCACCUGGCCUCCCGCUGACCCACUCGCAGGAACUUACACCGGGUGAACCCCCGGCUGGGCCUCAGCCUCGGCCCCAUACUGCCGUGGACCCCAACACUGAGCCCACCAUGCUGCGCCAUCCCCAGGGCACUGUGGUCUUCACCACCCACGUGCCCACCCUGGGCCGCUAUGCCUUCCUGCUUCACGGCUACCAGCCGGCCCACCCCACCUUCCCCGUGGAGGUGCUCGUGAAUGGGGGGCGUAUCUGGCAUGGUCAGGCCAAUGCCAGCUUCUGCCCACACGGCUACGGCUGCCGCACCCUGGUGGUGUGCGAGGGCCAAACGAUGCUGGACAUUACCGACAGCGAGCUGACUGUGACCGUACGUGUGCCUGAGGGCCGGUGGUUCUGGCUGGAUUACGUGCUGGUGGUUCCUGAGGAUGCCUACACCUCCAGCUACCUGCAAGAAGAGCCCCUGGACAAAUCCUAUGACUUUAUCAGCCAGUGCGCUGCCCAGGGCUACCAUGUCAGCCCCUCCAGCUCAUCACCCUUCUGCCGUGACGCUGCCAUCUCCCUCUCCCUCUUCUACAACAAUGGAGCCCGGCCAUGCCGCUGCCACGAAGUGGGCGCCACAGGUCCCACGUGUGAGCCUUUUGGGGGCCAGUGCCCCUGCCGCGCCCACGUCAUUGGCCGGGACUGCUCCCGCUGUGCCACUGGCUACUGGGGGUUCCCCCACUGCAGGCCCUGUGACUGUGGCGCCCGCCUCUGCGACGAACUCACCGGCCAAUGUAUCUGCCCGCCGCGCACCCUGCCGCCCGACUGCGUGGUCUGCCAGCCACAGACCUUUGGGUGCCACCCCCUGGUUGGAUGUGAGGAGUGCAACUGCUCGGGGCUGGGCGUCCAGGAGCUCAUGGACCCCAGCUGCGACAUGGACAGCGGCCAGUGCAGGUGCAGACCCAACGUGGCUGGGCGCCGCUGCGAUACAUGUGCCCCUGGCUUCCACGGCUACCCCAGCUGCCAGCCCUGUGACUGCCACGAGGCAGGCACUGCACCUGGCAUGUGCGACCCGCUCACUGGGCAGUGUUAUUGCAAGGAGAACGUGCAGGGCCCAAGGUGCGACCAGUGCCGCCUGGGGACCUUCUCACUGGAUGCCACCAACCCGAAAGGCUGCACACGCUGCUUUUGUUUUGGGGCCACGGAGCGCUGCGGGAGCUCACCACACUCCCGCCAGGAGUUCGUGGACAUGGAGGGGUGGACGCUGCUGAGUGGGGACCGGCAGGUAGUUCCCCACGAGCUCCAGGCAGAGGCAGAGCUGCUACAUGCCAACCUGCGGCGCGAGAUGGAGACCCCGUCUGAGCUGUACUGGCAGGCUCCACCCUCCUACUUGGGGGACCGUGUGUCAUCCUACGGGGGUACUCUCCGCUAUGAGCUGCACUCGGAAACCCAGCGUGGAGAUGUCUUUAUCCCCACAGAGAGCCGGCCAGACGUGGUGCUGCAGGGCAAUCAGAUGAGCAUCACCUUCCUAGAGCCAGCAUACCCGGCGCCUGGCCACCCUCACCAUGGGCAGCUGCAGCUGGUGGAGGGGAACUUCCGGCACACAGAGACUCACAACGCCGUGUCCCGUGAGGAGCUCAUGAUGGUGCUGGCUGGCCUGGACCAGCUGCAGAUCCGCGCCCUCUUCUCCCAGAUCGCCUCGGCCAUCUCCCUGCGCCGUGUGGCACUGGAGGUCACCAAUGUGGGGGGCAGGGGGCCUCCAGCCAGCAGUGUAGAGUUGUGCAUGUGCCCUGCCAACUACCGUGGGGACUCGUGUCAGGAAUGUGCCCCCAGCUACUACCGUGACACCAAGGGCCUCUUCCUGGGCCGCUGUGUGCCCUGCCAGUGCCAUGGCCACUCAGAGCACUGCCUUCCCAGCUCGGGCAUCUGUGUGGGCUGCCAGCACAACACGGAGGGUGACCACUGUGAGCGCUGCCGCCCCGGCUUUGUGAGCAGCAGCCCCGAGGGACCGGCAGCCCCCUGUACCAGCUGCCCCUGCCCCCUUGCUGUGCCCUCCAACAACUUUGCUGUGGGCUGUGUCCUCCGGGGUGGCCGUGCCCAAUGCCUCUGCAAACCUGGCUACGCAGGCGUCUCCUGUGAGCGGUGUGCUCCUGGCUACUUCGGGAACCCACUGGUGCUGGGCAGCUCAUGCCAGCCCUGCGACUGCAGCGGCAACGGUGACCCCAACAUGCUCUUUAGUGACUGCGACCCACUAACGGGGGUCUGCCGCGGCUGCCUGCGCCACACCACUGGGCCGCGCUGCGAGAUCUGCUCCCCCGGCUUCUACGGCAACGCUCUGCUGCCCGGCAACUGCUCCCGAUGUGACUGCUCCCCGUGUGGGAUGGAGACCUGCGAUCCCCAUAGCGGGCACUGCCUGUGCAAGGCGGGUGUGGCAGGGAGGCGCUGUGACCGCUGCCAGGAAGGACACUUCGGCUUCGAGAGCUGUGGAGGCUGCCGCCCAUGCGCCUGUGGACCAGCCGCCGAGGGCUCCGAGUGCCACCCCCAGAGCGGGCAGUGCCGCUGCCGGCUGGGUGCUGGGGGCCUCCAAUGCAGAGAGUGUGCCCCUGGCCACUGGGGGGUCCCUGAGCAGGGCUGCAGGCGCUGCCAGUGCCGGGGGGGCCACUGCGACCCACGCACGGGUCACUGCUCCUGCGCCCCCGGGCUUAGCGGGGAACGCUGUGACACAUGCAGCCACCAGCACCAGGUGCCCAUGUCUGGUGGGCCUGGGGGCCGUGCCGUCCACUGCGAAGUGUGUGACCACUGUGUGGUCCUGCUCCUGGACGACCUGGAGAGGGCCAGUGCCCUCCUACCUGUCAUCCGAGAGCAGCUACAUGGCAUCAACGCCAGCUCUGCAGCCUGGGCCCGGCUGCACAGGCUCAACGCCUCCAUCACUGAUCUCCAGGACCAGCUCCGGAGCCCCCUGGGCCCCCGCCAUGACAUCUUACAGCAGCUGGAGACAUUGGAGCUGCAGAGUGGAAGCCUGGUGCAGGACAUGCAGCGUCUGGGCAGCCAGGCCAGGGGAACCCAGAAGCGGGCAGGCCAGCUCCUGGACAGCACCAAGGCCACACAGGGCCGGGCACAGGCGCUGCUGAGUCCCAUCCAGGCACUGGCUCGAACCCUGAACGAGCUCAUGACCCAGACGGACCGCCUGUCACCUGCUAAUGCUUCGGCCCCAUCGGGCAAGCAGCUGCACCAGACACUGGCCGAGGUGGAGAGGCUGCUUGGGGAGAUUCGCAGGUGGGACCUGGGGGCCCCUCGAGCAGCAGCUGGGGCCGAGCUGGAUGAGGCCCAGAGACUGCUGACCCGCGUGCGUGAGCAGCUGACCAGCCGCUCGGAGGAGAACCAGGCACUGGUCACACGCACCCGCGACCAGCUGGCCCAGCACGAGGCUGGCCUCAUGGACCUGCGUGAGGCCCUGAACCGGGCGGUGGGUGACACACGCAAGGCUGAGGAGCUCAACAGCCGCAACCUGGAGCGCCUGGAGGAAGCCCUGCAGCGAAAGCAGGAACUAUCCCGGGACAACGCUACUCUGCAGGCCACUCUGCAGGCCUCCCGCCACACCCUGGCCCGGGUCUCAGGGCUCCUGCAGAGCAUGGAUGAAGCCAAGGAGGAGUAUGAGCGCCUGGCCGCCAGGCUGGAUGGGGCGCGGACACCACUGCUUGAGAAGAUGCGGGCCUUUUCCCCUGCUGGCAGCAAGGUGGACGUGGUGGAGGCCGCUGAGGCCCACGCGCAGCGGCUGGACCAGUUAGCAAGCAACCUGUCAAGCAUCAUUCACAGCGUCAACCAGGACCGCGUCAUCCAGCAGGCCAUCGAGGCCUCCAACGCCUACACCAGCAUCCUGCAGGCGGUGCAGGCUGCCGAGGGCGCUGCCGGCCAGGCCCUGCUGGAGGCCAGCCAUGCGUGGGCAACGGUGGUGCAGCAGGGCCUCGCAGCCCAAGCCCGUGAGCUGCUGGCCAACAGCAGUGCCCUGGAGGAGGCCAGCCUUAGCGAGCAGCAGCGGCUGGGCCACGUGCGGGCUGCCUUGCAGAGUGCCAGGACCCAGCUCCAAGACAUCCAUGCCAGGAAGGACCAGCUGGUGGCCCAGAUCGGGGACGUGCAGGCCAUGCUGGCCAUGGACACAGACACGACAAGUGAGAAGAUCGCCCACGCCAAGGCUGUGGCUGCUGAGGCCCAGGACAUGGCCGCACGUGUCCAGUCCCGGCUUCAGGACAUACAGAACAACCUGGAGCGGUGGCAGGGCCAGUUUGGGGGCCUGCGGGGCCAGGACCUGGAUGAGGUGGUGCGCAAUGCUGGCCACUCAGUGUCCACCCUGGAGAAUACACUGCCACAGCUGCUGGCCAAGCUGAGCCUGCUGGAGGGCCGUGGUGGACACAACGCCAGCCUGGCCUUGUCCACCAGCAUCGCCCGCGUGCGCCAGCUCAUCGCCCAGGCCCGGGGCGCGGCCAGCAAGGUCAAGGUGCCCAUGAAGUUCAAUGGGCGCUCUGGGGUGCAGCUGCGUGCCCCGUGGGACCUGGCCGAUCUGGCCGCCCACACCGCCCUCAAGUUCUACCUGCAGAGCCCAGAGCCAGCGUCCGGCCACGCUGCUGGGGACCACUUUGUGUUGUACAUGGGCAGCCACCAGGCCACUGGAGACUACAUGGGCGUAGCGCUGCGUGACCAGAAGGUACACUGGGUGUACCGCCUUGGGGAGGCGGGCCCCACGGCCCUCAGCAUUGAUGAGGACAUUGGGGAGCAGUUUGCAGCCAUCAGCAUCGACAGGACCCUCCAGUUUGGCCACAUGUCCGUCACGGUGGAGAAGCAGAUGGUCCAUGAGACCAAGGGUGACACAGUGGCUCCUGGGGCCCAGGGGCUGCUCAGCCUGAAGCCAGAUGACUUCGUCUUCUACGUGGGUGGCUACCCCAGCAACUUUACGCCCCCCAUACCCCUCCGCUUCCCUGGUUACCAUGGUUGCAUCGAGCUGGACACACUGAACGAGGAAGUGAUCAGCCUGUACAACUUCGAGAGGACUUUCCAGCUGGACACGGCCAUCGACAAGCCUUGUGCUCGCUCCAAGUCAACAGGUGACCCCUGGCUCACAGACGGCUCUUACCUGGAUGGCUCUGGCUUUGCCCGCAUCAGCUUUGAGAGCCAGAUGAGCAACACCAAGCGCUUUGAGCAGGAGCUGCGGCUCAUGUCCUACAAUGGCAUCAUCUUUUUCCUGCAGCAGGAGGGCCAAUUCCUGUGCCUGGCUGUCCGGGAGGGCCGCCUGGUCCUUCUCUUUGACUUUGGCAUGGGCCUGAAGGAGGCCACCCCGAUGUCUUCUUCCCCACCAACGCUGACCACGGCCAGCAAGGCGGUCCAGGUGUUCCUGCUCGGUGGGGCCCGGAAGCGGGUGCUGGUCCGCGUGGAGAGGGUCACGGUUUUCAGCGUGGAGCAGGAGAACAUGCUGGAGCAUGCCGACGCCUACUACCUGGGGGGCGCCCCGCCCAGCCUGCUGCCCCCGAGCCUGUAUCAGCUCUUCCCAUCUGGAGGCUCCAUCCGUGGCUGUGUCAAGGGCAUCAAAGCCCUGGGCAAGUAUGUGGACCUCAAGAGGCUGAACACCACGGGUGUCAGCGCCGGUUGCACAGCUGACCUCCUGGUGGGACGGACCAUGACCUUCCACGGCCACGGCUUCCUGUCCCUGGAGCUCCCAGAUGUGGCACCCAUCACAGGCGACGUCUACUCCGGCUUCGGCUUCCGCAGCACCCAGGACAGAGGCCUCCUCUUCUACCGAGCUUCCCCGGAUGGGCCAUGCCAGGUAUCCCUGCACCAGGGCCGCGUGACACUCCAGCUUCUGAAGACAGAGGUGAAAAGUCGAGGGGGCUUCGCUGAUGGUGCCCCCCAUUACGUAGCCUUCUACAGCAAUGCCACUGGGGUCUGGCUCUACGUGGAUGACCAGCUGCAACAGAUGAAACCCCAGCAGGGUCCACCCCCCAGGCUCCAGCCGCAGCCAGAGGGUCCCCCGCGGCUCCUCCUGGGGGGCUUACCUGAGUCCGGUGCCUUCCACAACUUCAGUGGCUGUAUUAGCAACGUCUUUGUGCAGCGGCUCCUUGGGCCACAGCACGUGUUGGACCUGCAGCAGAACGUGGGCAGUGUCAACGUGAGCAUCGGCUGCAUGCCAGCCCCUCUGGCCCAGACCUCAGGGACAGGACCACAAGGACUACGGGCCCUGACACGGAAGGCCUCCCGCCGCAGCCGCCACCCUGCCCAGGACCCAGCCUGCACACUGCCUCGGCCCCUCAGGAGCCUUCGAGAUGCCUACCAGUUUGGGGGUGCCCUGUCCAGCUACCUAGAGUUUGCAACCCCCCACAGGGCCUGGUCCCAUGUCUCCAUGCUCGUGUGGCCACGCACCCGCCACGGACUCCUGCUGCUCGCUGCCCCCCUGAUGCCUGGUAGCCCCUCCCUGGGGCUUUUCCUGACCCAUGGACACUUGGUUGCACAGACGGAAGGCCCCGGACCCCGGCUCCGCAUCCAGAGCCGCCAGCGUUUGCGUGCUGGCCGGUGGCACACGGUGUCCGUGCGCUGGGAGCAGAGACGGAUCCAGCUGGUUACAGAUGGGACCCAUGCCCAGAGCCAGGAAGGCCCCCGCCACCGGGGCGUGCAGGGACCCAAGCCCAGCACCCUCUUUGUUGGGGGCCUCCCACCUGGGGGCCACAGCUCCCAGCUACCGGUGGCCCUCGGUGGCUUGGGGUUCAGCGGUUGUGUGAAGAGGCUGAGGUUGGACAGGCGGCCGGUGGGGCCCCCCACGCAGAUGAUGGGUGUCGUGCCCUGCUACUCAGGUCCCCUGGAGGCAGGCCUGUUCUUUGCUGGCAGUGGGGGAGUUGUCACUCCAGACCUCCCAGUGGCCCCGGGGCCUGACCUGGGCCUGGAGCUGGAGGUGCGGCCCCAGGCAGCCAGAGGCCUGGUCUUCCACCUGGGGCAGGUGCAGGCGCCCCCCUACCUGCAGCUGCAGGUGUUGGACAAGCAGGUCCUGCUGCAGGGGGACGAUGGAGCGGGCAAGUUCUCCACGCAGGUGACACACCCCACAGCGCUGUGUGAUGGGCGGUGGCACCGCCUUGCAGUGACCAAGGGCGGGGCCUCGAUCCUGCUGGAGGUGGACUCAUUGAGCAAUCACACCCUGGGUCCCACCUAUGCCCGAGCCUCCACCCGCAGCCUCGCGCCUCUGCACCUGGGGGGCCUGCCCGAACCCACGGACACGCCCCCGCAGCCCCCUACCUACCGCGGCUGCAUGAGGAAUCUGCUCGUCAAUGGGGCCCCUGUCACCAUGAUGCAUUCGCGUGUCCAGGGGGCAGUGGGGCUCGGCAGCUGUCCAGUCAUGUAGUAUGGCCACCCCCUGCGGGACUUCUGGACCUGGCCUCAGUUCUCCCGAGUGGUGGGCCCCUGGCAGGGAGGGCAGCCAGGCUGCACCAGGCUUCCCUAGAAGCUGUGGGUGAUGGGUCUCCAGAACUGGUUUAAGUUAUGACUGACUCUUCAAACGUAAAGUGAGUUUUUGUAUUUUCUCUCAAUUGGCUUAAUUCUGAACUUUUACUUCCACCAAUUUUUAAAGUAGUAAGAGAGCUGUCACUGGUCCCUGCUUUUUAAAAUAAAAAUUAAAAGUAACCUGUUUAACAGAGUGUUGACUCUGAAUCAAAUUGGAACAGAGAAAAGCUACAAGUCCAGUCUGGUGCCGGCACGGCGGCGGGUGGCCCCAGCCCCCAGGGUCUCCUAGGCGCCCCACUCCACUCUGCUGAGCUGCCCCAGACGGGCACCUGGAACGCUCUUUACGGU